AUGUGGAGCUGCAGGGCUUGCAGCAACACGCCCUUCGCGGCCCUCUUUGGCUUCGGGAGCGCUGAGGAAGACCGGCGGAAAAAGAAAAAGAGAGCAAAUUCACAGGCCCAAGAGAGCUCUUCUCAUUCUAACUCAGAGGGAGACAGCGCGUACACAGACCGCUACGCUUCUCAAGAGACGUUUGAGCCACGGAGUCCAGAGGAGGUGGAGGCGCUUUGCAGGGCCUGGGAGCACUACGUACACCCCAGGGCGCGGGAGUUCUGGCAAACUGCUGAAGCCAGAAUCGAAAUAUUACAGAAAAUCGCUCGCGGAGUGCACAGAGGUUACGACCCCGUUUUGGGGGAUGACAAACAGUGUGUCGUUUGGUACGGAGAUUUGUCGGAAGACGACAAUCUGCCGGUCAUCCGAAUGGUGAAACCAGGGGAAACUCAAGAGUCGCAGACUUACGUGAACCGCACCCUCGUGUUCCUUUAUGCAGACGAGGAAAGUUUCAACGAGUUGCAGGAAAAACCGAAGAAGGCGUUUACGAUGGCCUGCGCAAAUCCGCUUUGCGUUAACCUGACGCAUAUCGCACUUGAUGAUUAA